AUGCAGGACGCGGAGAACGUGGCGGGGCCCGACGCGGCCGAGGAGCCGGGGCAACAGCCGGCGGCCGCAGAGUCGGUCCCGGCCGAGGAGGCGACGCGGCCCGUGGGGCCCAGCUCGGAGGCGGCAGCGGACGCGGCGCAGGAGGAGGCGGAGCGGGAACCCGAGCCGGAGCCCGAGCCCGACGCGCCCGCGGCCGAGCCGAGCGCGACCCCUGAGCCGCCGGCCGAGCCCGGCCCGGAGCCGGAGCAGGAGCAGGAGCGAGAGCAGCCCGCGGGCCCCACGCCCACCACCGCCACCUCCGCCUCCCCUGCUGCGGGCGAGGCCCCCGGGGACGCGGCGGCUCCCGAGGCCCGGUCCGAGGGCGCGGAUGGCGACCACGGCCAGGCGGACGGGGAAGCGGACGCGGACGAGCCGUCGUUCAGCGACCCCGAGGAUUUCGUGGACGAUGUCAGCGAGGAGGAACUGCUGGGAGAUGUGCUCAGAGAUCGGCCCCAAGAAGCAGACGGUAUCGACUCAGUGAUCGUGGUGGACAAUGUUCCUCAGGUGGGACCUGACCGCAUGGAGAAGCUCAAGAAUGUCAUUCACAAGUUCUUCUCCAAGUUUGGGAAAAUCACCAACGACUUUUACCCAGAGGAGGAUGGGAAGACGAAAGGAUACAUCUUCCUGGAAUAUGCAGCUCCUGCACACGCCUUGGACGCGGUAAAGAAUGCAGAUGGCUACAAGCUUGACAAGCAGCACAUGUUUAGGGUCAACCUCUUCACCGACUUUGACAAGUACAUGACGAUCAGUGAUGAGUGGGACAUCCCAGAGAAGCAGCCAUUCAAGGACUUGGGGAAUCUGCGGUACUGGCUGGAGGAGGCUGAGUGCAGAGACCAGUACAGUGUGAUUUUCGAGAGUGGGGACCGAACGUCCAUAUUCUGGAAUGAUGUGAAGGACCCUGUGUCCAUUGAGGAACGAGCGAGAUGGACAGAGACUUAUGUGCGCUGGUCACCCAAGGGUACCUACCUUGCAACUUUCCACCAGCGUGGCAUCGCCCUCUGGGGGGGAGAAAAAUUCAAACAGAUUCAGAGGUUCAGCCACCAAGGAGUUCAGCUCAUCGACUUUUCCCCUUGUGAAAGGUACCUGGUGACCUUCAGCCCCCUCAUGGAUACGCAGGACGACCCACAGGCAAUCAUCAUUUGGGACAUCCUGACGGGACAUAAGAAGCGUGGCUUCCACUGCGAGAGCUCAGCCCACUGGCCCAUCUUCAAGUGGAGCCACGAUGGAAAGUUCUUUGCUAGGAUGACCAUGGAUACUCUGAGCAUCUUUGAGACCCCUUCCAUGGGCCUUCUGGACAAGAAGAGCUUGAAGAUCUCCGGCAUUAAAGACUUCUCCUGGUCUCCAGGUGGCAACAUCAUAGCCUUCUGGGUGCCUGAAGACAAAGACAUACCAGCCAGAGUCACCCUCAUGCAGCUGCCUACCAGGCAGGAGAUCCGCGUCCGGAAUCUCUUCAAUGUCGUCGACUGCAAGCUGCACUGGCAAAAGAAUGGGGACUACCUGUGCGUGAAAGUGGACCGGACGCCCAAGGGUACCCAGGGCGUUGUCACAAACUUUGAGAUUUUCCGGAUGAGGGAGAAACAGGUCCCUGUGGAUGUGGUGGAGAUGAAAGAAACCAUCAUCGCUUUCGCCUGGGAACCAAACGGGAGCAAGUUUGCAGUACUGCAUGGUGAGGCACCCCGCAUCUCUGUGUCCUUCUACCAUGUGAAGAACAACGGCAAGAUCGAGCUCAUCAAGAUGUUCGAUAAGCAGCAGGCGAACACCAUCUUUUGGAGCCCCCAGGGCCAGUUCGUGGUGUUGGCAGGUCUGAGGAGCAUGAAUGGCGCCCUGGCCUUCGUGGACACAUCUGACUGCACCGUCAUGAACAUCGCUGAGCACUACAUGGCCUCUGAUGUCGAGUGGGACCCUACGGGGCGCUACGUGGUCACCUCUGUUUCGUGGUGGAGCCACAAGGUGGACAACGCAUACUGGCUGUGGACGUUCCAAGGCCGUCUUCUGCAGAAGAACAACAAGGACCGCUUCUGCCAGUUGCUCUGGAGACCACGGCCCCCCACACUCCUGAGUCAGGAUCAGAUCAAGCAAAUCAAGAAGGAUCUGAAGAAAUACUCCAAGAUCUUUGAGCAGAAAGAUCGUCUGAGCCAGUCCAAAGCCUCCAAGGAACUGGUGGAGAGGCGGCGAACCAUGAUGGAGAAUUUCCAGAAGUACAGGAAAGCGGCCCAGGAACUAUACAUGGAGCAGAAGAACGAGCGCCUGGAGCUUCGGGGAGGUGUGGACACAGAUGAGCUAGACAGCAACGUGGAUGACUGGGAGGAGGAGACCAUCGAGUUUUUUGUCACAGAAGAAAUUAUUCCUCUUGGGAGUCAGGAGUGAUUGGCACCUUCAGGCCUGGGAUCCGAGCCGCCCACAGAGCACCCGCCGCCGCCAUCUCCACACUGCUGUGCCUUUGCCCAGGUCUGCAGAGGCCAAGGGCAUGCUCGCCGCCCGUGGUCCAGGUGCGAGUCCCACGGGACUGGCUCCGACUCCUCCACGUGAGGCUGCAGCCCGGGUACCUCAAGGACCGUCCCGAGAGGGCCUGAGUCCCGGACCCAGGGGAGCAGGUGCUGCUUGGGACUGCUGCCUGCAGGGUCCCCAUCAGGGUAUGGGGGGGUCUCUUCGGCUGCACGUGGAAAUAAAGCAAACCUGUAAGAAA